UCUGUUGGGUUGGCAUUGCGUGUGUGUAUAUUUUAUUGUCUACCAGUGACCGGAGUCCGGAAAAAUCGCUUCCGGUGUUGGUGCUUAUGGUACACUUGCACGUGAUAGUAUAUAAGUGGACCGCAUAUUGUAUCCCUUACCGUCGUCGUCCUCGUCGUGCACUAACCCUGCAGACUUUCAAUUCGCCGAUCAAGCUCGUUCCGAGGAGUGGAGCCGAGGUGUAUCGGCAGAGCAACGGCGAGCCGGUGAGGGAAUCAGCUGCAGGCGGAGAGAGGCCGGGCCCCCGCGAGGUUCGCGUGGGCCCACACGUAUAUACUUGCAUCGGCGGAGAGGGAGAAGGACAGAGCGAAGAUGGAGGUGGUGCUGUCGCCGGGCAACCUCGGGGGCGACAGCGCGGACGGGGCCCCGUUUCGCAACGAGGACGUGCGCGAGUGGUCGAGGGUCGAUCGGAUCACGGGCAUGUUGGAGAGGGCGCGCGUCGAGACUGGCCGGUGGCGGGCCAACACGCGGGAUGCUGCACACUCGUACGGAAAGAUGGUUGACUCGAGAGAGCGGAACUCGGCGGACGGCAGUUUGGUGCAGAGGGCUCGCCGCCAGGUCGAGAUAUUCCAGAGCCAGGGCACCGGGGGCAGGUCGUUCCAGGUGGUCAGAGCCUCCCAGUGGUCCUCCUCGAGAGCCAAGGACACCGGUAUCUUCGACGUCCCCAGCUCCAGCUCCAUCAGCAGUACGGAGCAGCAGCCGGCAGUCGUCGCGGGCAGUCCACCGGUGACGAACGGCGAGGCCACGAGCCUCGCCUCGAGACUGAGCCUCUGGCGCUCGAGCUUCCACGACAAGGCCUCGGACCUCGAGCGGCUCUCCAGCCUAUGCCGUAAGCUCCACGACGAGGCCCUCAGCCAGAGCACCAACUUCUGGUCCCUGAGAUCGGGCUCCCGGAGCCCGUCCCCUCUACCACCGCCGAUGGCCCAAAACGGCCACCGCGAGCCACCGAGCGACGACAACACCAGCGACGCCAGUUCCAACAAAUCCUCGUUGUUGUUGGCGACCGAGCGCAGGAGCAACUCGACCGAGGACUUGUCCAGCGACGCCUUCGCCAGGGACUGCCGGACCCGCAGGUCGCUCCAGGUCGGCCCCGACAACUCCCCCGAACCUACGGCGAGCACCGACAAACUCGUCGCCGAGCGCGCCCGCAAGUUCGAGGAGGCCGCGAGGCGCCGGGCCACCGGGGAAUCACCAUCCACCGGCAAGCCCAGGAGGUUCGCGAGGCAGUUCGCGUCGAUCGCCGACAACGACUUUGUCAAGAACGACCCGAAGCACCCGUCCAAGCAACCAACGGCCCACAAGGAGCCCGGUGCGGGUCGCAACAACAAGACGGUCGUGCACCUGAGGAGCGCGGCGUCGCCCGACAGGAGCGAGUCGAACGACACCCGGGAGCCCGAGUACUCGAUGCUGGUGGACGCUAGCUCGGCUCCUGUGUUGGCCAACGGCAAGCCGGUCAAGAGGGUCGAGUUUUGCAAGACGGAGAUACACUUUGCCCCCGACUCGGGCAAGGUCAAUAUAGUCGAGACAGACGGCAAGCCACCUCCCACGAACAAGUUCCGGAGACGCAGGAGGAACAAUAACGCUCCUCCCAUGGCCAAUGGUGCGCUCCAGAAGAGCGACCUGCCGUUGGUGCACUUUGGCGACACGUCCUACGAAAAGUUUAUAUUCGGCAAGCCGCCGGCGACGCGGGACGAUUCGUCGGCCGUGGUGGACGCCGAGGGUGGCUGCAAGAGUCACGAGCCGGUGGCGCAGCGUUGGGCCUCGCCAGGAGCAUCGAGGGAGGAUCACGCGACGGAGGAGAGAGUUGGCGACCGCAGGCAUCCGCAGAAGGGCGCGCACACGACGACCGUCAACUUCCUCGGUAGCGAGAACGCCGGUGGGGCUCUGAUGCCGAGCAUCGGCCAAGAUAAACCCAGCAACGUUUACCCAUCGAUCGACGUCGCGUCAAAGGAAAUCGGCCGACAGGAGCAAGUGAUAUCCAAGGACUCGGACAACAACCAGGUGCUGUUGAAAAUCGUCACCACGCACAAACCGACCCUUGCCAGAGUUGAAAACGACCAUCAGCCGGUCAGACCCCUCAGAUCCCGAUCGAUGGCCAAGAGUCUCGGUAGCGACGAGGUCGACGUUCCCUCGGCCAACGAAGAAGCCAAAGACCCGCACUAUGAUAGCGUCUCCGUAGGUGCGAUUCCCAACGGGACGACGAGCGACGCCGGUAAGGACAACAGCGACGGCAAAGAUGCCCAGCCGACGUACGAGAACGUGUUCGACACCGUGGGCACGCCGGUCUACGAGAAUUUCCAGGUCACCAGGGGUGCCGACAAGCUCGUCAAGAGGAUGAACAAAUCGUCCGCCGUCGAGAAGACGCCGGUUGGCCCAGCCGCGCACGACAAAAAGCACAGAAGAUUGUCGUCGCGAGCCAGUGGUGAUUCUACCGACCGGGCGUCGAGCAAGAACGUUAAGGCUAAGGGUAGUACCCGGCCCGAGACUCCGGUCUCAACCACGAGGAGCCUCCGGUCGAACGGCUCGAGGGAGAGCUCGGUCAGAAAGGUCAAGGAAGCCAAGCCGGUGAAGGAGGAUGGCUCGAGGAGCGCGCAAGCGAGGAGAAAGACUGGCUCGAAGGAACCCUCGGCUCAAGCGUCGGAGCGCAAGGGUGUCGAGAAAAACGGCGGCGGGUCUGUCAGGUCGAAAAAGACACCGGUAGAGGUGGUGUAUCAGACUGCGGUGUACAACAUCAAGAACGAGAAUUUGAACAAACCAAAAGUGAAGGAGGUGAAGGGCCCCCGUUUGAUAAACGAUCUCAUUUGCGGCAGCAAAACGAAACGCCCGUCGGAUAAGAAACCGAUCAAGACAGCUAAUGUGUCGCAGAAUACAAGCAAGAGAAAAGAAAUGCCCACGGUUACGAAAAGUACACUUGUUUUUGUUUCAGAUAGUUGACGGUGGCUCCCUCAAAGUUGGAAUAACUAAUGAAUAUUUAGCCUUUGAUACUAAUAUUUAAGUAAUUAAUGUUAAUUGAAGCGGAAUAAAAGUUCCUCUCGAGAUUUUUUUU